CGUUAAUGGCGCGCAUUUGAAACGACUGGACAUUUCUUACACCACUCAGCUCUCCACUCACUUUAUAGCCUAGGCUAGCCUCGGUUUGGUUUUGGUUACAGACAGUCAAUGCGAUACAAAAAGCAUAUAUUAUGCCACCAAAACAACGUACGCGAGCUGCACUUAGAUCGAGACAAAAACAUCUUAAAGGCUCGUCAUCAAAUGAAGAAAUGGAUUCAUGUUCAGCACAAGAGAUAGUGAGUAGACUAGCAAGCAAAUACUUGCUGAAAUCAAGCACAGAUACAGAAAAUGAGAAGGAAAAUAAUCGAAAGAAAGCAAAACCAUUUGAUCCAUAUGAUGCAGACUUGGAAUAUAGCACAACAGAUAUGGAAAGUGACUGUCGUGUGUCUGGAAAUCAAAACUCGGCAUCAGAAAUGGAAACUAAUUCAAAAAAAGUUCACUCACAAACGAAAAAGACCAACAAAAAAGGUCAUAAGAAACCAGUCCAACGAAAGAACACAAAAGGGAAACAGAAUACGCAAACUGAAACAGAAUCCAAAAAGACACAAUCAGGAGUAACAAAAAAUCGAGGGAAAACACAGAGAAAAAAAGUCUUUGGACAGUCGACGGGUAGUAACACAGAGUCAACAAUUCAGUCACAGACUUCAGAUACAAGUAAUCCAACAUCCAGUGAAGCUACAACAAAAUCAAAGUCUGGGAAACGAUCGGUCUCCUUUUCACAGCUAUCCAUGGAAUAUGAGGGUCUAGCAAUGUCAACUAGUGCACAAUCUCAGCCUGGGGAUAGCGGUUUCUACGUAACUCCGCCUGGAAAAAGUACAUCUAUUUGUUUCUUGCCCCAAUUAAGUGCCUCAGACACAUCAACUCCGGCUUCAGUUAAAAGCAGCAAGCUACAAUUAGACGAUUCCUGCUUUGGGUUCGAAAACAUAAUUUCUCCAGAACCUCUGUUGAUCUCUCCAGUAAACAGAGUUUCUCCAACAUCAAAUGUAUCCUCUUCAUUCGAGUGUACAUCUAAGGAACCGUCAUUCCAACGUAGUUCAGUAGAUGCUUCAUCCUUAUUAGGAUCAAUGGCAAGCAGGCCGAGGAAGAAACGGCCAUUGGAUAAUGAUACUAAUCGACUGUCUGACCACAAUCAACAGCCAAAGAAAAUAAAGAGGCCAAAAUCAAAGCUUAAGAAAGAUUCGGUGAAUUGGGAAGCAAUGAUGAGUGCUGAAUUUGAAGAUGUUGAGAUGCAUGAGUUAACUAUUGAAAGCUAGCUGUAAAGUCGUAGAACUCGACAUAACCGAAUAUCAAGCUGCAUUAACUUAAUGUUUAAUGGAUUGUGGAUCCUUAUGAGAUACUGUUCUUCUGAAAUUUCAGAAUGUUUUAAUAGUGAUGCCUCAGGGUGUAAAGGAGGAUUAAUGACUAUAGAGGGAGGUCAUCAUUCGAAAGGAAAGCGAAAUUGAAGAUUAUGGAUGAAUGCUCAAAGCAAAUAAUUAUGAUGUAUAUUGGGUAUUGAGAUAUUAAAAAUAGCUCCACUGUGGAUUCAUGUUUGCAAUUAUAAGAUAAUAAUGGAAGAGAUGCCAAUUUAUUUUUUAGAAGUGCAGUACUGUCCUAUGUUGUGACUAAUGAUUGUGCUAAAUUAUCAAUAAUAAAAAAAAAUGCUCAAGGUAAAUUUUAUAUGAAAUGAGAACUAAUACAUUGCACGAAACAGCUGCACAUAAUGGAUUAUAUAUUUUUCUUCUAGAAAAGAACAUUUUACUUAUUUAUUUGCAUUUUAAAAUUGAAUACAUGGCCAUACUGUACAUCUCUUAAUAUCUUCUGCCAUAGCAGUACUUAAUAAUCUCUCAAUAUAUCAUUGCAGUAACCUGUACAAUGUAAUUUACUACUGAGAGAAAUAUUCAAGGCCAGACACAGGGCCUGACUCAGAGGGACACUAACAGAAUGCUUUAUUCAAAUGUUUCUAAUACACUUUUCUAAGUGCAUAGAGAUUUUUGAUCAAAUUAUGCACUAAUAUUUUAUAAAUUUAACUUUGUAUUAUUAUUGAAAGCAGCAUGGAUUUUCACCUGUACAUAAAGAACCAACAAAUAUAGAAAUGUGAGUGAGUGGCAUAUCUAGUGGUCUUUAAAUUGGGGAGAGGGAAGCGCGUAGGAGAGGUUUCAAUGAAAGUUGGGGGAGCUAGCAGGCAAACUACACAAGGUGAUAUGAGGUGAUUUUUAGCUGCUUUGGUGUAAUUUUUUGGCUUCGAACUAUUAUUCCUGUGGGGGGAAACUGGGAAAAUGUUCCCCGCGUACCUCCUAGAUAUGCCACUGAAGUGAAUAUGACGAGAUAUCAAUGGCUACAAUUUUGAUGGUACAUUUGUUUCUUUUAUUUGACUGCUGUGUGGAGGAGCUAAUCCAGUCUGACACUGUAAACCUACAAGUGAUUGUUUUUUAUGGCAAAACCAGGCCUACAUUAAAAUACAAGGUGACUUUUGUUUUUCAUGAUUAAAUUUAGAAAUAAAAUACAGUACUGUAAAUUUUUUGUUUGCCAAUGUAAUGAAAAAAUUUGGUUGACGGCACAAUGUACAGUAUGUCCGCAAGUGAUUCUAUUUCCUCGCGAACUAGUAUUCGCUUUUAUUGAGCUGUUUCAAUGGAUAGAGAAUUUUUUAUUUAGUGUAUCUGUAAAUUAUUUUUAUGUAUGACAUUAUGCAUUACAGUAAAAAGAAACAUUAAUUUGAAAAUUUAAAUAUCUACUGUUUUGUCAUUAUGAAGAAAUAUUACAGAAGUUGAAUGAAUGUUUUGUGUUAUCCAAUAUGUUUGUAAUUAAGCCAUAAACCUUUAAACUUUGAAUUAAUAGCUGGUCAGAAAGAUUGUAUUAUAGGUCUUAUUAUUUUAAAACUGGGCAAGUUCAUCAUAAUCAAUAUCCAAUGAAAGAGUGUUCUCAGACACAAGAUGUUUAAAACACACAAUUAUUAAGGCAGUGCCAGAUAUUUCCCGACCAGGGCAAACCAUUGUGGGAAGGGGAUCUGUUUGUGGUUAGUAAAUUUUUAAGAAAAGGUACUUCUAGAUGGGUCUAAAUAGCAUUUCAAUUGUACAGCCUAGCAUUAGCUAUAAUCAAUUUAAAUACCAAGAAUGAAUUUAAUUUUAGGACACUUGUUAUAUAGAAUACUAAUUGUUAAUGCACAUAUUAUUUUUAAUAGAAUUUUAUUUGCCUGAAAUGUUAUGUGUGCAUUUAGAUAUAGUCUUAAUUUUAAAGAGUAAAUUAUUCUAUUCAGUA